GUGAACCUGUUACAAGCCAAUCCCAGCAAAUAUCAGAUUAUUGCUAUCGAUCCAAAGCUCUUUAUAAAGGAGCUUGAAGACUAGUUAUUGCUUCAAAUUGACAAUCAAGCGGUGAAAUCCUUGGAUAAACUAACAAUUCUCGUAGUGAACAUUGAUGAAAAGUUAACAUUCAUUGAACAUAUAAAAGACAUUAACAGAAAAGCUAGUCAGAAAGAAGGAGUGUUACUGAGGUUACAUAAUCUUAUACCCUGUACUGCUAAACUGCAACUUUAUAAAUUUGCUAUUCUCCCUCAUCUAACGUAUUGUGGCAUUGUUUGGCACUUCUGUAAAUCCUCCGACAAGUUUCAAACUUGAAAAAAUUCACAAAAAUUAAAUUCACAUUGAGAGCAGCUUUUAAAUCAAGUACCAAGUCCUAUAGUGUUCUGUCACAAAAAGCCGGCCUCCCUUCUUUGCACCAAAGAUGAAUACAAGAGAUAGCCACUUUGAUGUACAUGACGCCUUAGUCAACCGCACUACAUUUCAGAGUUAUUUCAGAAAAUUACUAUAAGGAUACUAUCUUGACUUUUAAAGUGUUGACUUUAACAUUCCUCGCAUAACAAAAACACACUCAGGUGAACACUCGCUGCUUUUUUUCGAACCCCUUCUACGGUAA